CUCUGAAUGCAUUUCAUUGGCUUCCUACGGAUGAGGACAGCACGGCAGAAGAGCUGAGCAGAGCUGGAAUAAGAGACAGAAGAGACAUUGUUCUGAUCAGAUGAGUAAACAAAUGAAAUGAGUGAGAGUACUUCCAUUGUUCGGAUCUUUGUGGGGUUACUCCUCAGUGUGGCAGGUGCACAUACAUCCUGUCCCAUUGAGUUGAGCCCACCUAGUGUUGUGGUGAGGUAUGGAGACCCAGUCCUGAUCAACUGCAGCACAUCACAGACCCAGUUUGAAGGAAUUGGCUGGGAGGCUACAGAAGGAGCUCAAAGGCCACAGAAGGUCAACCAUCUGACCUGGACUCUGGACAGAGUGACUGACUGGUCCAUUACUCCUUUAUGUUUCUUCAACCCACUCCUAGGUGAUGAUACCACUGAACAGUGCUCCAUUGACCCAAAAAUAGUCGUUUACACAUUCCCAGAAGCCAUCAGUAUCAGCUCCAACAGCAGCUUUGAGGGUAUGAUGAAAGAAAAUGAGGAAUAUUACUUCACAUGUGACAUCCCCGACAUAGCACCUGUUCAAAAUCUCACAGUGAGCUGGUACAAAGGAGAGGAGCUCAUUGUCACGCAGACUUUUAAAGACCACAGCAAGAAACCAGUGAGUCCGUCAUCUAUACUAAAGUUUAACGUAACGAGACAAGACAGUGGAGUUGCUUUCAGGUGUGAGGCACAUUUGGACCUGGGCCAAGAAGAGCUACAACUUAAUGUGUCUUCACGGCCCUAUAAUAUCACAGUUCGUUAUGGACCAGAGUUAACAUGUUCUGCAACCGAAUUCCUGGAAGGAGACACUUUAGAGAAGAAAUGCCCAGUGACAGGAAAUCCCACCCCCUUGGUCAGAUGGCUGAAAGAUGGACUGCCAGUAGACCCCGCCCUCCCUCUGAGCCGUGAGAAUGCAGGGCACUACACAGUCGAAGCUGAAGGCUCUGCCUUCAUCAAAGAGGAACUCCAAGUUCUUGUCUUGUAUGGACCAGAGCUGACAUGUCCAAACAAUUACACUGCACUGGAGAAUUCUCCCAACAACCUCACCUGCACUGUUAAGGGCUAUCCUAAACCUGAGAUCAUCUGGUACAAAGAUGGCGAUGAGGUGGAACUUCCAGAGAACCUAAAAAGAAGUGAUGCAGGACAGUACAUUAUCACAGCCUCAAACAAGCUUUCAAGUGUCAACCUCUCAGUGGAUAUUACUGUCUUAUACCCACCAUCACAGAUUGUUGAGCUUGAGGACACUGAAGUUGACGCUGGUUCUUCUGUGUGGUUGAAGUGCUCCUCAAUGGGUAACCCCCGACCACGAUAUUCCUGGGAUUAUUACCAUACUGACAAUGUGAGGGAUGAAACUGAGGAUGGAGUGUCCCGUCUGCUCAUCCACAAUUCUACGGCAUACAACAUGGGCCGCUACACAUGCCAUGCCUGGAAUGACAUAGGAAAUGUCUCAAAAACAGCUAGGGUCACAAUCAAAGGUGCCACGCAAGAAUGCCCUGUUGUAAUAACUCCAGACAGGAUGGUGAUACAAUACCAAGGGAGAAAUUCGAAUGCUACAUGCAAGCCAAUAUCCAACAACCCCAGCGACAUCAUAGAAAUACACUGGCAGGAUUGGAGGGGCCAGACGACCAGCACAAGUUGGUCUGCUGACACUCAGACAGACUGGGACCCAAGGCCCAUUUGCAAUGCCACCCUUAAGGGCAUAGGGGAGUGCCAGAAACAUUUAGACUUCACUCUUUACAAAACCCCAGAUAGUGUCUCCAUCCUUACUGUUGGUAACACAAGCUCAGUGGUGGAGGAGAGAGCAUUCCAGCUGCAGUGUGAUAUUACCAAUGUUGCUCCUGCAAGAAACCUUACAGUCCGAUGGUACAGAGGGAAUGAAACCAUUGAAUCUCUGAAAGGCACAAUGCAAGUGAGUGGCUGUCUGCCUGAGGACACAAACUGUGACAUUGGUGCCAUCCGAUCGCCAGUGAAUGUGUCAUCUACCAUCAGCAUCACUCUGAACAGAACUCACAGUGGAGCAGAGUUCAGAUGUGAAGCUUGGUUGGACCUAGGACCUGAGGGACCUCAGCCACCUCCCAACAUGAUAUCUGGUCCCCUCAACAUCACUGUCUACUAUAAACCCACCAUUAAUACCACAAAUCUUGCAAAGACAGUUCCAGUGUUCAGUGGUUAUCCUGAGGAGCUUGUUUGUAAGGCUGAUGGUUACCCACCUCCAAAGAUUGUGUGGAUCUACAGCUCAGACAAAGUUCCCCGUGUCUCUGAAGACAAGUUGACCGUGUCAGAAGCAGGCAUCUACAACUGCACUGCCACUAAUGAAGUAGACUCCAUGUCCUAUGAGGUUGAAGUGAUUUUAAAAGAGGACUAUCUUCCCCUCAUCGCUGGAUUUGUGGCUGUCACAGUAAUUGCCAUUUCCAUCAUAUUCCUCUUCAUCUACUCGAUCUACUACAAGAACACCAAGAUGCGGCGUUACAGUCUCAAAAAUCCCAAACUAAACACCCACAAUGGUAAUGUAGCUCACAAUGGCUGGGACUUGCAGCUUCCUAUGACUAAACUGUCUUAUGGAAGUAUUGCUUACUGGCACACCGGUAGAACCAGUAUGUUGCUCUUCAUGCUCAUCGGCGUGACGGUGUUCCUAGGACAGCUAGUGAGUGCCACUUGUCCAGUUGAAGUGAGUCCUACCAUGGCUGUUGUGCGAUAUGGGGACCCCUUCUCAGCCAACUGCAGCUCAUUAUCAGACCAGACCGAGGGCAUGGGAUGGGAGUCUUCACUGGAAGGCACACCACUUACUCAUGGGGUCAAUUCUAUUCCCUUGAGAAUUGACUCUGUCACAAGUUGGACCGUGCAUGCAGAGUGCUACAUCAAUCUGCGUAAUGGGGAUCAGUGUUCUAAAAUCCUACCAAUCACUGUGUAUAAAAUGCCAGACAGUGUGUCUGUUUCUCAGAAGAGUCCAACAGGUCCAUUAGAAUUUGGCCAGAUUUAUCAGAUACAGUGUGACAUUGUCAAUGCUGCACCAACAGUAAACCUCUCUGUGAACUGGUACCAAGGACAUAAAUUAAUCCACACUGAGAGACUUAAUCAAAUGACAGAUGCAACUCCAGGCAACAGGUCUUCUUCAAUAGAUCUUCAUGCCCAAAAUAAUGAUAAUGGCACUCAGAUCUGGUGUGAAGCACAGCUUGAGUUUCAGCCAAGAGUACCAAAUUCCCCAACCAUCAGAUCAGAGCCACAUGAACUGAUUGUCCUGUACCCGCCCUUUUUCACAGAUCCUGUAAAUGAGACUCUUGAAAUCCGAGCUGGCAGUAAAGUUAUGUUAAACUGCACUGCAACUGGAAACCCUUCACCAGGAUACAGCUGGGAUGUCCCACACAUCGUACGACAGACAAACAAGAAUCAAAAUAAAAACGGGCCCAUUCUGACUCUAUCCUUUGAGCUUCCAGGGACCUACAAGUGCAUGGCAUCCAAUACCCGUGGCACCAGGACCAAAUACUUCACUGUCACACAGGCAAAAAGGAAUCUCACAACCUUUGCAGCCUUGGUUGGAGGAUUUGUGUUCCUGGGAGUCCUGCUCUUUGUCAGCGGCCUUUUUUUCACGACACCUGACGGUACAUUUGCGUUCAGCAAAGACGGCUAUCUCAAAGGACAACCUACCUCAUCUGGACCUUUCCCUGCAGGGUUGCCAAGUUUGUUCAAGUUGGAUUUUUCUGUUCCCUCACGGCUUUAUCGACGGAUCAGUGCAGAAAGUAACAUGGGGACCAAGUUUCUCACGUGGAUUCUGAUGUUUUGCAUGUUUUACUCGGUAUCAGGUGAAGGUUGUUCCCUAAUCCUCAAGCCCUCCAGGGUGGUGGUGGGCUUUGGGGAGCCAGUGUCAGUCACCUGUGAAGCUGCCCGCCCGGUCCGCGUCCUGGGCUGGGAAUCGGCCAUCAGUGCUUCACACACUCAGCAGGACCUGUCUGUCCAGUGGAAGGUGGACAGUCUCAUUGAUUGGAUAGAGGAGCCCAUCUGCUAUGGAGUGUUUUUCACCGCUCCAAGGCAGUGUGAGGAGAAACUCAACCUCGUCCUCUACAAAACCCCAGACAGUGUCUCUAUCAGGCCAGUGAACCACACAGGUCCCAUGGUGGAAGGAAAAGAAUACCAGCUGCUCUGUGAGGUUCAGAACAUUGCUCCUGUUCAGUACCUCACCCUGAGGUGGUACAGAGGACAGACUGAAGUUUACAAUCACUCCUUUUCUGACCUCACAUCUUCCUCGCCUGUCCAAGUCUCCUCUAUCCUCUUGAUUACACCAACCAAAGCUGAGAAUGGAGUGCAGUACAGGUGUGUGGCAGAGCUAGAGCUUGGACCAGAGGGACCAAAACCACCUCCGUCUGUGACAUCAGAGCCCCUAAAUGCUUCUGUGUACUUCCCCCCAGCAUUCCUCAACCCUGAACCUGAAGUUUUGGACCUUUUAGAGGGUGCUGAAAUGACCUUAAACUGCACUGCCACAGGAAACCCAGCACCAGUGUACAGCUGGCAGUCCUCACCUCCCACACAGGGGAAGAUGGAGGAUGAAGCAGUUCUUAUCUCCUCCUCACUGAUCCCAGGGACCUACACCUGCACUGCUUCCAACACUCUGGAAAAGAGGAGCAAGCAAUUUAUUAUCAAGGCCGCAACCAAAGGCAUUUGAAUCAGGAGGUUGAGGCAGGAUAAGGUGACAUCGUUGGAUAUACAGUUAAACGAAGGGGACUUGACUGCUGAAGCUUAGGAUACAAAAAUGACAGUGUAUUCAUGACUCGUCUGAUAUUUAUGAAGAGAUAGGGAGCAUAUUUUAAAGUGCAUCAGUCUCUUAAAGAAAAUAUUUAGUACGUUUUUGUGAUGAAACUCAAUUAAUUUGU